AUGUUUUCCAGAGCAGCAUUCCGAGCGGCGCAGCCCUUGAAGCGCGCUGCGCUUUCCUCGCGAUCAUAUGCCACCGAGGCCCCCAAGACGGGAACCAACCCUCUCAUCUACGUUGCUGGUGCAGCUGUAGCAGGCGGAGCCGGGUAUUUCUUCUUCCAGACCCCCGAGGGCAAGUCCGCCGUCAAGAAGGUCGAGAACAAGGUCGAGAGCGGACCGGCUAAGAAGGCGUUCACUGGUGGUGACCAGGGCUUCGUCUCGCUGCUCCUGGAGGAUGUCGAGAUUGUCAACCACAACACCAAGAAGCUCCGCUUCAAGCUGCCCGAGGACGACCAGGUCUCUGGUUUGGCAGUCGCGAGCGCGCUUCUGACCAAGUACAAGGAUGCCGGUGCUGAGAAGCCCGUCCUGCGUCCCUAUACUCCUACCAGUGACGAGGAUACCCGCGGCUACAUCGACCUCAUUGUGAAGAAGUACCCCAACGGUCCUAUGUCAACACACUUGCAUGAUAUGGUUCCCGGCCAGCGGUUGGACUUCAAGGGGCCUCUACCAAAAUACUCCUGGGAGGCUAACAAGCACGACCAUAUCGCUCUGAUUGCAGGUGGUACUGGUAUUACUCCCAUGUACCAGCUCGCUCGCGCCAUCUUCAAGAACCCCGAUGACAAGACCAAGGUCACCUUGGUCUUCGGCAACAUCUCCGAGGAGGAUAUUCUUCUGAAGCGCGAGUUCGAGGACCUCGAGAACACCUACCCUCAACGCUUCCGAGCAUUCUACGUGUUGGACAACCCUCCCAAGGACUGGGCUGGCGGCAAGGGCUUUGUCACCAAGGAUCUCCUCAAGACUGUCUUGCCCGAGCCCAAGAGCGAAAACAUCAAGAUUUUUGUGUGCGGUCCUCCUGGUUUGUACAAGGCCGUUUCUGGCGGCAAGGUCAGCCCCAAGGACCAAGGAGAGCUGACUGGUAUACUCAACGAGCUUGGUUAUUCCAAGGACCAGGUUUACAAGUUCUAG